CCGUUGUCCACUCAGUGCCACUCUGCUGCCUGGCUCGUCACUUGAAAUGGAGACUCCCCGCGAUGAGAUACAAAAGGCAUGUGUGCUGGGAUCGGGAGCGUUCGGGACAGCCCUGGCACAGUUAAUGGCAAGAAAGGGGGUGCCGACAACAGCGUGGACACGAUCUCAAGAUGUCACAGACCUCAUCACAAGCACCCACGAGAAUACCCCGUACUUGCCGGGCAUCAAGCUGAGCGAGCUUGUCGUGGCCACUACGGAGGUGUCGGAGGCCGCGGAAGGCUCCAGCAUCGUCUUCAUCGUCGUGCCUACGCCCUUCGUCAGAGAUUUCAUCGUCAAGCAUAGAGACAAGAUCCCAACGGGGGUCCCAAUCGUGGUCUGCUGCAAGGGCAUUGAGAACGGCUCGCUGCUCACGCCUUUCGAGAUUCUGGAAGAGGAACUGCCGGGAAAGUACCACAAGCACCUGGCCUGUCUAUCCGGACCCUCCUUCGCGAGAGAGGUAGCGCUCGGGAAGCCCACCUCUGUCACUGUGGCAGCCAAGGACAUGGCCUGCGCGAGGAAGGUCCAGGAGAUGGUGAGCGACCUCAACUUCCGCGCCUACACCUCGGACGACGUGAUGGGGCUCGAGCUCUUCGGGGCGGUGAAGAACGUUCUGGCGAUCGCGUGCGGGGCGAGCGAUGGGUUCGAGUUCGGGCUGAAUGCGAGGGCGGCGCUGAUCACGAGGGGCCUAGCGGAGAUCUCGCGCAUGGCGGUGAAGAAGGGGGCUUCGCCACUGAGCAUGGGGUCCCUGUGUGGUGUGGGGGACCUGGUGCUCACUUGCACUGGCUCUCUCUCGCGUAACUGGACCGUGGGAAACAGACUGGCGAGGGGGGAGGACCUUGAUACCAUCACGACCAGCAUGCGGAUGGUAGCGGAGGGGGUUAAGACUGCGAGUUCGGUGGUUGCACUCAGCGCUAAGAUGGGGGUGGAGAUGCCUAUCUGCCAAGAAGUUCUCCACAACAAGAAGCCGGUCAUGGAAGCGUUGGCGUCCCUUCAAGGCCGACCGCACUCCCACGACCUCAGCCUCGAGCUCAAGCACUCGGAAGGCUGGAAGAGUAUGGGCGUGGGACACCCUUAGGCGUAACAGAUGAUCCGUGACGACAAACACCCGGAAGGCCAACCUCAAAAUUGCGGCCCCCGCCCGAUAAAGGUUAAAGGGGACUUGCUUGCUUGUCACUCAGCUUUCGUAGCGUGGAGUCAAUCCGUGACGACAAACACCCGGAAGGCCAACCUCAAAAUUGCGGCCCCCGCCCGAUAAAGGUUAAAGGGGACUUGCUUGCUUGUCACUCAGCUUUCGUAGCGUGGAGUCAGGAGAACGUCAGACGGCGUUGUUAAGGAGGCUAUGCAUAGACUUUCUACUCUGCGGGAUGGCGGGUACAGCAGUACCAGUGCCUUCGUGCAGACAGACAGCGCAGGACGUUCAGGCUCCGAACACUUCGAAAGACGAACGUUACAACGUUAGGUAAAUUGUGUACACGCGCGACAAAUAUAUUGUUCGAAUCAAUUGGUUGUCGAGGUGUACUGUACGGCCCCCUGGAAGGGUGCAGCAGGUGGUACAACAGUCGAAGCGUGAGCCCACCAAUGAAUCCAGGCUGCUGCUAAAAAGUUGUUGCCUAAAUCUGUGCUUUCAUUGUUCUGUUCGAUUUAGUCAUGUGCUGGGAAUUUAACUAGGUUGGGAACCUCUUGCAGAGUCAUCGAUGUCUUGCAAAUUGCGUGUGCACUUUUUAAGCCCUUUCUCUGUGUUGAGGUUGCUCUGGA